AAAUGCACAAUUGAAAACUUUAUUUUCUUUGAAUAAAACCACGUGUUGAGUGAAAGAAGAUAAAGUCAAAAUGCCUGCCGAUUCAGAUCUUAUUGUACCCGAUGGUGAAGACCGAGGAGUAGACAAGGAUCUUUACAAGAGUCUUGCUGAAAGAUCGAAACAUGAAGAUUUUAUGAGGCGGGCUGUGGAUUUGUUGGUGGAACGGGUGGUCUUCGCAAGAGUUUCUAGGACUUCGAAGGUGGUAGAGUGGGCUUCUCCUGAUGAUAUCAAGAAGGCUAUCGAUUUGAAGCCGAGGGAUUCGCCAGUAUCGCACGAUGAACUUCUGGCACUUAUGGCUGACGUCGCUCGCUAUUCCGUUAACACAGGACACCCAUACUUCGUGAACCAAUUGUUUUCUUCAGUAGACCCUUACGGUCUGAUCGGUCAAUGGCUGACCGAUGCCUUAAACCCCAGCGUUUAUACCUUUGAAGUGGCACCAGUGUUCACUCUGAUGGAGGAAGAGGUUCUUCGAGAAAUGAGGGCCAUUGUUGGAUGGCCAGAAGGUGAUGGCGAUGGCAUCUUCUCUCCUGGAGGAUCUAUUUCUAAUGGCUAUGCUAUCAGCUGUGCUCGGUACUACUUCUACCCAGAAAUUAAGAGCAAAGGCGUUUACGCAGUGCCAAGGCUGGUUCUCUUCACAUCAGAGCUAGCUCAUUACUCCACAAAAAAACUCGCCACAUUCAUGGGCAUUGGUGGUGACAACUGCAUAUUGGUGAAAACUGAUGUAAACGGAAAAAUAAUUCCUGAAGAUUUGGAAACUAAGAUUGCUACUGCAAUCGAAGAUGGUGCUUCUCCCUUCUUGGUCACGGCGACGGCUGGUACAACUGUCUAUGGGGCUUUUGAUCCUUUGGUGGAGAUUUCUGAGAUCUGCAAAAAAUACAACCUGUGGCUCCAUGUGGAUGCUGCUUGGGGUGGUGGAGCCCUAAUGUCUAAGAAGCACAGACAUCUUCUGAAUGGUAUUGAAUUGGCGGACUCGGUGACGUGGAACCCUCACAAGCUCUUAGCGGCGCCACAACAGUGCUCCACCUUCCUAAUUAGACACAAGAAUGUCCUCAAAGACUGUCAUUCGAGCCACGCCAAGUACCUCUUCCAGAAGGACAAAUUCUACGACACUACAUACGAUACUGGAGACAAACAUAUACAAUGUGGUAGAAGGGCAGAUGUACUGAAGUACUGGUUCAUGUGGAAGGCUAAAGGUAAUGAAGGAUUCGAGAAACAUAUCGACGUUCUUUUCGAUAAUGCAGCGUUCUUCACGGAGCAUAUACGACAGCGGGAAGGUUUCCAACUAGUAUUAGAGAAGCCCGAGUGCACCAACAUCAUGUUUUGGUAUAUCCCUCGCUGUCUCCGCGGUCAAGAGAAUGAGCCAGACUAUAAAGAAAGGCUGCACAAGGUCGCGCCGAAAAUAAAAGAGCGCAUGAUAAAGGAAGGAAGCAUGAUGGUGACCUACCAGCCGCAAGGUGACCUCGUCAAUUUCUUCCGCAUCGUUUUCCAAAACUCCUCUCUAGACCACAAGGAUAUGGUCUACUUCGCGAACGAGAUCGAUAGACUCGGCAAAGACAUGGUAGUUUAAAUAAUAUUACAAUUAAUAUUUAAAUAAACUGAGCAUAAAGCUGUACAAAUUUUAAUGUCAGUUGACCUGUGAUUAUUUUUAAAGAAUUAUAAUAUAUUAUUCGAUUUAUUUAGAUUUAGAGAAAUUCAUGUGAUUAAUGUAAAUGUACUGUAAAUAAAUUAUAUGUUAUUUAGA